AGGCGAUGUAGUCGUCUGUCGAAAGAGUUGAUUUUAGUUCAGUAUUAAUUUGGGCGUCAUCUUAUCAACAUCAACAUGAUUUCAUUGCUUAUUUUAUUCGCGUCGUUGUUAUUAUUGGGCGCUCAAGGUGAAGAAGCAGCCACUUCUUCGACACCACCAGCACCAGUGACUGGCAACUUGACCGGAACGAGAGCUGACAAAGUUGCGUUAUUUGAAAAAUACUUACUAUGUGGAAAGCCAGAACAAACUGCCGCUUAUUUUGAUGAUAAUCCUCUUUUAAGAGAGGUUCUCAAAGAAUUUAAUAAAACCGCACAAACCCAAGUGAAUGGAUAUGCCGCGCACAAAUCAAUGCUAAUUUCCACUGACAAAGAAUGUGAUCGUAUAGCACAAGAGAAAGCCGACACAUUUAUGCAGAAAACAUUCGACGAUACUGUUGAAUGUUUGAUACUAUUUCGUCAUCGUGUUCGAUCCGAAGUUCAGCCUGAAUUAACUAAUAUCAGAGAGGUGCCACAAGAGCAACGAGCAUCUCUUCUUUUACCAGUCGACGAGUGCUUUGAAAAAAUGAAAACCGAAUUAUUUAAACAAUUCGGACAGAACACUGCUGAACAUUUAAUUUGUUGGAAAAAAAUAAUGAAUUGAAUCAGUGCAUUUUUUAAUUCCUCGCAUAUUAACUGUUUGAUCUUAAAAAUAAAAAGAUUAAAAUAAAGUUUACAAUUUAAUUCAAACUGUAAAAAUGUGACUUU